GCCUCCAAUUGCGCUGCUCCAUCUGUGUUCCUCCUCAUCUCUUCUCCCUCCAUCCUCGCCUCUCCUCACUUUGAAACGCCAACACCAACAUCAACACGAACAUAAUCGCCAUUAACACCAACCCUUCCCAGCCCCCCAUUUCUCCGUCCCUCCUACUCAUCCUCCGUGGAGCUUCCGCGUAGGAAGUGACCUUGUCUCACUCCCCUCUCCAUCUCUCGAAUUCACUCGCCAUUCAGCCAUGGACCGUCUCAACCGAAUGCUCCAGGCCGCCCAAGGCAUGGGCAUGGGGGGCGGAGCUCCUGGUACUGACUCCCCCAACCUCAUCGAUAACUCCGAAACCGUCCACAUCUCCUCGCUCGCCCUGCUGAAGAUGCUACGACAUGGUCGCGCCGGUGUGCCCAUGGAAGUCAUGGGUCUGAUGCUGGGAGAGUUCGUCGACGAGUACACAGUCCGGGUGGUGGAUGUCUUUGCGAUGCCCCAGAGCGGUACCGGUGUCAGUGUCGAGGCCGUGGACCCGGUCUUCCAGACCAAGAUGAUGGACAUGCUCCGGCAAACCGGACGCCCGGAGACCGUUGUUGGCUGGUACCACUCACAUCCCGGAUUCGGCUGCUGGCUCUCGUCCUCCGUCAAGGGCAAGGUCGUCAUCGACGCCUUCCGUCUCAUCCAACCGCAGACCGUCGUCAUGGGCCAGGAGCCCCGCCAAACCACAUCCAACCUGGGCCACCUCAACAAGCCGUCCAUCCAGGCCCUCAUCCACGGUCUGAACCGCCACUACUACAGCAUCGGCAUCGCCUACCGCAAGACCGGCCUCGAGGAGAACAUGCUGAUGAACCUGCACAAGCACGUCUGGACGGAGGCGCUGCAAAUGAAGGACUUCCACGAGGAGGGCGAGCACAACGUCGAGCGCAUGCAGCAGCUCGUCAGCCUGGCCGAGGGCUACGAGAAGCGCGUCAAGGAGGAGACCGAGCUCACCAAGGAUCAGCUGAAGACGAGAUACGUCGGAAAGGUCGACCCGAAGAAGCACAUCGAGGACGUGAGCCAGCAGCUGAUCGAGGACAACAUCGUCGCGGUCUCGCGGCAGAUGAUCGACAAGGAGGCCUCGGUGGCCCGGCUAUCAAACGGCAAGGGCGGCCAGAACGGCAGUGGCAUGGAGGUGGACGAGGAACUAUAGACGUGACAUACUGUUCCAUAAUGCAACCGUUGAGCGAGUCUGACCGACGCCUCAAUGAAUGACGUUACAUGUAUAUUCUCAGUACGAUUUAACCACUCGAUCACGUACGGCGUUAACAUCAGACAUCGCGUCAGUAGAAGCGUAG